UCGCGCCAUCUGCCUCAAGUAUAAUUCAUGAUUCAUCAUGGCUGCAUGCGGAGAUGUAACUCGCUCGAUCUGUGACCAUAUUAUAGAAAGUUUACAUGCUAUUUUGUCCCCAGAACAUCUUAUUCGUAUCCAAGGUGAAGAACAGAUAAAACUGCUUGAGGUUACUGAGGAAUUUGGAGUACAUCUUGCUGAACUAACUCUUGACCCAAAGGGGGCUCUUGCUAUCAGACAGUUGGCAUCAGUAAUAUUGAAACAGUAUGUGGAAUGCCAUUGGUCGCAGCAUGCUGACAAGUUUCGACCACCUGAGGCUACAGAAGCUGCGAAAGCUGAUAUACGACGAAUGCUUCCGGCUGGUUUACAUGAAUCCAUAAGUAAAGUGCGCUCAAGCAUAGCCUAUGCCAUUUCAGCGAUUGCACACUGGGAUUGGCCAGAAGCAUGGCCGGGUCUCUUUGAUCAGCUCAUGCACUUGAUCACAAGUGGUGAUGCUAAUGCCGUCCACGGUGCCAUGCGAGUACUUACAGAAUUCACCCGUGAGGUAACAGAUAUGCAGAUGCCAAAUGUAGCGCCAGUCAUUAUGCCAGAAAUGUACCGAAUAUUUACCAACGCAGAGCUCUACAGCAUCAGAACUAGAGGGCGGGCUGUUGAGAUAUUCAAUACUUGUGCAUUGCUUAUAUUCAGUGUUAACGAGGUUGUUAAGGGUCUAGCAGCAAAACUUGUGUAUCCGUUACUGCCAGGUUUUGUGGAGGCUUUCAUACAAGCUCUUAAUACACCUGAUGGUCCAAUAUCCGAUAGUGGACUGAAGAUGGAAGUUAUUAAGGCUUUAACGACACUAAUUAAGAACUACCCUAAACAAAUGAGUAAAUUCAUGCCCCAAAUUCUGCCCCCGAUUUGGAAGACGCUAACAGAGAGUGCUGCGGUGUACAUCACAACAGUCGUAAACGGAACAGAGGAUGCAGACAACCCAAUAGAUUCAGACGGCGAAGUGUUAGGAUUUGAGAACUUGGUGUUCAGCGUGUUUGAUUUCAUCAACGGCAUGGUAGAAACACCGAAAUUCCGUAGCACCAUCAAGAAGAGUGUGGAUCAAUUGUUUUACUACAUCGUACUGUAUAUGCAAAUAACAGAAGAACAGGUUACAGUUUGGUCCAACAAUCCUAACCAGUUUGUGGAGGAUGAAGAUGAUGAAACGUUUUCCUACAGCGUUCGGAUAUCAGCCCAAGAUCUACUACUGCAACUUGCAGCUGAAUUCCAGACAGACAGUAGCCUUGGGUUAGUGUCAGCAGUAACAAGACACUUCCAAGAGGCCCAGGUUGCUAAGGAAAAUGGCAAUGGUUAUUGGUGGAAGAUCCAUGAGUCAUGUUUGCUGGCCCUCGGUAGUGUAAAAAGUCUGAUCUGUGAUAAGGUAGCAAGUGGUAAACUGCAAUUUGACAUGGAAACAUUUCUCACAUCAGUGGUGUUAGCAGACCUUAAUUAUCCAGUGUCACCAUUUCUAUUGGGUCGGGCGCUAUGGGCCGCCAGUAGGUUUACGUUAGCUAUGACACCAAAGUUAGUCCAAAGUUUCCUAGAAGCAACAACAUUAGGUCUUGGCGCAUCACAACCUCCGUCCGUGCGAAUAUCAGCGGUGCGUGCAAUUCAUGGCUACUGUGACCAUCUGAAAUCUUCCAACAACAGCCAAGUAUUGGUACCGUUUUUACCGAACAUUAUGGCGGAAUUAAUUGAAUUAGCCAAACAGAGUUCUUCCGACGUCCUCGCUCUGGUCAUGGAGACCAUUAGUAUUGCAAUAACAAUUGAUCCAGAAUUCACAGCAUCAUGUGAGAAGCAGAUAGCCCCACUUGCAAUAGCUUUGUUCCUUAAAUUUAGUCAAGACCCAAUAAUGGCUUCCUAUGUUGAAGAUAUCUUCAAAGAGCUGGCGGCGAAUCCAGGCUCAAAGCUGGCACUGGAAAAGAGAUUGAUUCCAACGAUUAUUAGUGUUCUAAAUGGAGACCCAGAAAAGUUACCAAUGGGGAUACAAUCUCCUGCAUUAGAUAUACUUUGCACUGUUGUAAGGAGUAGUGGCGCUCCACUGUCAAACGAACAUGUGAACAUUGCAUUCCCAGCUGCUGCUCAGUGUAUGUUGAGGUCAGACGAUAACGCUGUAAUGCAGAGUGGUGGAGAAUGUCUACGAGCAUACGUGUCCGUAGGAUUGAACCAGAUUAGGGAGUGGCAUGACCCCGCUGGCAACGACGGUAUCUCCUACAUCACCAAAUGUGUUUCUAAGUUAUUAAAUCCUCAAACGUCGGAGUUUACGGCAGCUUUUGUAGGUCGUCUGGUCGCUAUUUUAAUCUCAAAAGUUGGACGAGGGCUUGGUGAUGAUUUAUCAGCGAUAUUGAAAGCAGUUUUAAGUAAGAUGCAACAAGCUGAAACAUUAAGCGUUGUUCAAUCGUUAGUAAUGGUAUUCGCCCAUCUGAUGCAUUCUCAAAUGGACGCAGUGCUUGACUUCCUCUACCAAGUACCUGGCCCCACCGGUAACACGGCUCUUGAGUUUGUCCUUACAGAGUGGGCUGCCCGGCAACAUAAUUUCUAUGGUGCUUAUGAAUGCAAGGUCAGUAUCACAGCCCUAAGUGAGCUUCUUAAACACUUCAUCAACACCAAUGAUAUCAGGCUUGAUGGUAUUGUAGUGAAAGGCGAUGAAAUAUUUAAACACGAAGGAAUCAGAACAAGAUCCAAAGCUGCAAUAGCGCCUGAUGAGUGGACAAUAAUUCCAAUCCAAGUGAAAAUCUACAAGAUCUUAGUUAAUGAAUUGUCAAAUGUGAUGGAAGCAAAUAUAUCACGCCAAGCAUCUGCUGGCGGAGAGGAUGUAGAAGAGGAAGAUGGUUGGGAUGAUGACGAGGAUGAAGAUGAUGAGGAGGACAACGUCAAUGAUCUGGCACUAGCAAACCAAUUAGCUGAUUACGUUCCAUCCUCAUCGUUUAUGGGUUAUGAUUUUGGGGAGGAUGUAGAUGAUGAAGAAGAGGAUGACCCAGAUGCCCUGCAAGAUCCAGUCUUUCAAAUAGACAUCCAGGCUCAUCUAACAGAGUUUUUACAACAGCUUUCCCAUCAUCCAUCCCAUUUGAUCUUCGCUUCGCACCUCAACAACAUAGAGAAACAUAUUCUAUCAUCUAUCGGUAUUGCGAUACAAUAAAAAUGAAUUGAGAAAUAUAAAAUGAAAUAUCUACUAGUGCUAGUAACCAAAUUUAAUGUGCUGCAUUAAUGUCAUGAUAGCAGCUUGUGUUGAUGUGAAUAUGCAAAUGUUUUGAUAUGUAGGGUGGAGAUAGUUGGAUAUACUGGCAGUGUGGGGAUAGUUGAAUACUGGUUUUGAAAAUCCAACACAUAUAAUUGAACAGACUGUUUUCUGCUUGUAGAAUUUUUUUUUUUUUUAUAGACAAUACCAUAGACUAAUUACUCCACCAAAUCACCAAUCCAAUAUAAUGACCCACCAACUUACAGAUAACCACCUUAUAACCCACCCAAUUCACAACCUCCCCGAUAAUUACAAUUUUCAGAACUCACCUUGGGUGCAAGCUCAUUCAUAUUGAUUGAUUAUUGUACGGAAGAUUAAAACAAUGUUUUGUAUAAAUGGUUUUGUUAUAUUGGGUUGUUACUUCUUCAUUAUUUAUUGGAUCCAGAUGAAUUUUUUCAAUGAUUUUUUUAUACUUCUGUUACGUCAGGCAUAUUUAUUUAUUCAGGUAUAAAAUUAUCAAAAUUUAUUCAGGUAUAAAAUUAUUAAAAGUGCAGUUGAUGGUUGAAAAUACUUUGUAUAACAAGUACUUAAUCAUUCUCAAAGGAAAAAAAAAACUUGUACAGAUAGAUUACAUUCAUAACAUAAGAUGUGAUGAACAGAAGGAAAAUCGGAUAUAAAUAUAUUUAUUAUGUUUAUAUAUUUGCUUCUAAAAUUGAAGAUAAUACAGUAAUUGUGUUGUUAUAUUUAUUAUUUGGUAUUGUUUAAUUAUAUGAGGUCAUAUAAAAAAAAAAACCCAAAAAAUCUUGCCGAAAUUAAAUUAUUUUUUGGUGUCUAAACCUGGCGUUGGCGUGGAUAUUCAGACUUCUCAAAUGAGUAAAAUGCGUUUCAGUAACGACGUCUUCAAAUAUCCGUAGUAAAUACAAGCUUUCCGUAGCACCUAAUAAUUUGUCUUGAGUGCAAAAUAUAGGUUGCUUAAAUUACAGGUUCAGCAUAAUAAGCUGUUGGAAUUGCACGCAAACCGGUCCCAAAGUGAACAGGAUUGUUUUCACAAUAAUUUAUCAUAAUCUGACGAGUCUGGGUUGUCUAGGGACAAUGUAACCAAAGAUCCUGAAGCAAAAAUCAUUUAUUCUGGACGUUAGACAAUGUGUAGACUUAUUUAUGGGUCUAGGCCUAAUGAAUUCUAUUUCCGUACGUCUGUAAUUAGGCAAAAUUUCCGUAGGUUAUGUAGAAUUUGAGAAGUCUAAUAGGCAGUUAAGCUAGACAAAGUUUGAUGUGAACACGUGCAUAUAUUGCAUAUUAUUUCAAGGCUAUAGAAAGCUAAUUUUUUUUCCAUAAAUCUAAAGCCCAUGUUACCUACUGUAUAUCCAGACAUUGUAUCAACUUUGUGUAAAUUGAAAAAUAAAUGUAUUUUAUACUAAUAAUAGUGGUGGGAAUAGCAUAUCCCUCCGUCCUCUGUAUUUGAAAUUCUGUGUCUGCCCAAAUAUUAGUUAAUUUACAAUGCUUUGGUAUAGAUAAGAAUACAGGGCACACUCCUAUUUAAUCAGUUAUAUGCUACUCCAAUAUUAGGAUGGAUGACCAUGGAGGAAUCUUCCAUGGUAUAACCAAAUUUGUUUUUUUUUUUGUUUUUUUUGUAAAGUUGCUGAAGACAACAUUUUCUCGUUCUAAUCUUCAAUUGAAAGCCAGUAGCUUACUUUAAAGUAAUUAAAAUACAUAUUGAAAUUUAUUGUUGUAUUAGCUCAAAACACAUGAAGUUUUAUUUUUAUUAGCAUAAACCACCUAAGAAUGUUUGACGUUUGGUGCUGUUUGUAUUUUUUUUACCUAUUAUUUUGUAUUGUAUUAUGGUAAUGAGCACCUAUAAAUAAAAGACUAAUUAAAUUAC